AAAGCGCGCAUCUUAAUGACCUAGGUCACUACAACUUGUGCCACCUGGACCGUCUGUUUUGUAUACCAUUAGUCACCGGUGUACGAUGAUAAUUUACAUCUUCUUCUUCCUGUUGUUUUGCAGAAAUUUAAAUGCCUGGGAUUCCGGAGAGAUUGAAAUGUUUGAUUUAGUUGAAGAAGUCAAAGAAAGUUUUUAUGAUGUUCUUGGGAUUCCUCAGGUAGAAAUAUGAAUUCCUGCAUCAACUUUAAAUGCCUCCAGAGUGCUGACAAUGCUGAAAUAAAACGUGCAUACCGGAGGCUGUCAGCAAAACUGCACCCAGAUAAAAACCCAGAUGACCCAUCUGCAGAAGCUAAAUUUCGAAGACUUGUCAGUAUUUAUGAAGUCCUUAAAAAUUCGGAAUUGCGCACGAGAUAUGACGAAGUGUUGGAAAAUGGUUUGCCUAGCUGGCGAACUCCUGUGUUUUAUUACAGGAAACUCAGGAAAAUGUCUAAUUAUGAGUUGUUUGGUUUAUUUUUUGGGAUGGCUACCGUAAUACAUUAUGCUGUUCUUUGGGGAUCUGUCUUUGAAAGGAGACUAACUUUGGAAGAUCAACUCAGCAGUUCUUUGAAACGUCACAAAGCGCGUGAUCGAAAGUUAGAAUUAAUAAAUCAAGAGAUAUCUGAUGAACUUCAGAAAAUUCCUGGUCCUGGUUGGAUAGAUCUGCUUCCAUUCGCUAUUAUCAGAUGGGUACAUGCCAUAAUCACCUUCGUCCCCAUUCUGUAUACGUUUGUAAAAGAGAAAGUUACUGAAAAGAUACAGGAGCACCGUGAACUCAAGGAAGAGAUGCGAAUCAUUCAGGAAAACAAAGAGAAACUGAAAGCUGAAAAACAGCAACGUAAGCGUCGCUUACUCCAUGAACAGACAAAUCUUCGAGAAAUUGAAAAAGAGGCUGGUCAAUCGACCAUUAAAUCUGUCCUUAUGGAUUUACCUGAUGUAGAAACCGAUGGUCCUGAUGAAGUUUCGAAAACCAAACCAGGUGACUGUGUUUAUCGUGAGUGGUCAGAAAAGGAUGUCAGCAGUUUGGUUCGUGCUGUUGUCCGAUAUCCUGGGGGUGUACCUGGAAGAUGGGAGCGUAUUGCAGAAUCAUUAGAUCGCAGUGUCCCCGAUGUUGUUCGUAAAGCGAAAUCCAUGAGCAAAGAAUUGAUGUCUGUUUCUCAAAGAAACAUAAAUCCUGAUGAGAUCCCAGUUUUUGAGACAAAUGUAAACCCUGCUUGCGGAGAAACAGAUUCAGAAGAAAACGGCGAUGAGUCGGAUGGUUCGAAUGAAAGAACUUCAACUGUCAACUUAUCAAAGAAAAGACUUCGCAAACGUUUAUUACGACAAAAAGAGCAGCAUGCAUUAGUCAGUCAGGAGAAGGAGGAUGAAACCGAUAAAGACUUCGAUCAAAUUAACACUACUGAUGAUUUGUCGUCUGAUGUUAUCAUUGUUGACGAACCAUAUAUGAGUCGUAAGAAACUCAAACAGCAGAAAGAUGUAACCACUUCCAAGCAUACAGAGCAUAAACCUUUAAAAAGUGAUGACGGUUGGACUAAAGUAGAACAACAACAACUCGAGGUUGCCAUACGCUCUAUUGGUAAAGGGACACCUGAACGAUGGGAUCGUAUUACUGAAUGUAUCCCUACACGAACAAAGGUAUGUUGUUUCGAUAUUGUUUAGCAUUUCUAAUAUAUGAAUUUACUAUCGAGUUUAAUGUUCAUUAUCGUCAAGUGUUUCAUAGGACUAUUGGAAUUCCUUUGUGGUGUUUAUCAGAAGAGUUUGAUUCGUAGUAGAUUUACAUCAGAAGUAGUGACCUCACUAUCUAUCCUAACUCCAAGUUAAUCAGCUAAAUGUGACUCCUGAUAAACCUUAUAGGUCAUAAUUGUGUACAUUCCACCACGAAAGGUUCAUAGGUGUUGUGUCAUUUCGAAAUGUUAUCACGUUUUUCCUUCAUUUUCAAUCCUUUACUUGAAACAACAUUAAACGUUUUAUAGUCAACUCUGUAACGUCAUGAAAGUAAAUAGAUUACUUCACAAUUCUGUUUAUCUAUCACUUUCAUAAACUAAAGUCAUGUGAUAAACCACGCAUUAAAAUAGCUAUAAGAUCUACGAAACAUCUGUUUCAACUUGUUGCUAUCCUAGUUUAUCAGUUACCACAAUGUAUUCUACAAAACUUGGUCCGAAGCAAUUCAUGCCAUUCUGAAAACUAUGCGAUAAAAUACACAAAUAAACUACGACAUUCAAGAGGUAUCAAGACAUCCGCAUGAGAGUUUGUCUGCCAACAGGUCGAGCAAUUCGACCCAAUAACUGAUACCCAUUGCACAAGAGGUGAUCCUAGUGCCUCAGUGACGGUGGGUACUUGGCUGCAGUCUCACUGGGAACUUCAUCACUCACUAUGGUGUAGGUGUAUCCAACUAACAAGUUCCGAAGAGGACGAGACGCAUGUCUUGGAUUCCAUCACUGGUUAUCAAGUCAACUACGAUAUAAGUUCACUGAAACUACAUAUUGGUCUUACAUUGUAAAUCUGGAAAGCCAAUUAUCAUCAUUCAGUGUUUACAAUAAUAAACAAUUAUUAAAUUUUAAGGAUGGACACUGAAUAUAAUUCCGUUCAUUGGAUUUUAUGUAGGUGGACAUCUACUCAUACUAUGUAGUAACGAUGUCAUUAUCAUUGUAUUUCGAGAAAAAUGGUGGUCAUUUCAAGAAUUACUUUCAUCUGUUAUUAUAAAUCAAUUAAAAUCAAAUCCAUAACUUUUAUUGGUCGUUUGAAUUGGAAUAAAUAAAUAAAUAAACAACUAUUUUGAUUUAGGUAUCGAAUCACAUAUUCCAAAUAGAUAACAUCAAGAACGACUUGAUGAAAACAGCUAAUGUCCUGCAUUUAAUGCGAUUUUAAAUUGGCGAACUAAAAAAUAUCCAAUGAAUAGAUAGGCUUUUUCAACAAAGUUGUUUCAUAAUGGUGUCUGUCUGUGUAAUAAGAGUAAUAACUUU